GGAGGCAGGGCUGUGACGGAUCUCUUCGUCGUCUCUGCGUCAUUGCGCUGACACAGCGUUCCUCUCAGGCCGGACUGGGUUACGGAUGGUGCAUUACUCUGUGGAGCUUCUGCUGAAUAGUUACUGUUUUGGUUGUCAGAGAAAACACAGGACUUUGUUUGCUUCUCGGGAGAACAUGCGCGACACAGAGGACAGCGCUUCUCCAGUGGCCUCCAGACUUCACUGCUCCAGGCAGCAGGCUCCAGGGCCUCUGUGGUGCUCCGAUGCCCCUCACCCACUAACGAAGAUCCCGAGUGGGCGAGGGACCGGAAGGGAUCUCCCUCUCAGCGUACCUCUUCACAAGGACGACAGGUUGACAGUAACUCGGGCAAGUGCAGUGGGCGGAACCCCUACUAUCCUGCACUUCCAGUACAAGCUGAGCGAGAGGCGGUUCUCCUGCUGGGACACGGUGCUGACUGCCAACUGCCUUUAUCUGGAGAUCCCCAGCGGAGCUCUGCCCGAGGGCAGCAAAGAGGGUCUCACCAGCCUGUUGGAAUUUGCAGAGGAGAGCCUGAAAGUCGGCUACGUGUUCUUGUGGUUCUACAAAAGCAGGGAGGAUCGAGUGUCCAUCACAAACACCUUCCACUACAUGGGUUUCGAGGUUGUGAAACCCGGUCACCCUCUGGUGCCGACCCGGCCCGAUCUCUUCUUUAUGGUCUACUCUAUGGACAGCAGCAGCUCUGAUGAGGAAUGAGCGAACACACAUACUCAGAAAAUGCCCCCUUGAUCCUUCCUAGUCCACCUUGUUUUUUCCUCCUCCACAACCCCAUCCUUAAACAAUAACCUAUUAAGUCGUUUGGAGGCUGGAAGUGUAGGAAUGGACAACCGGUCCCACAGGAUGGUUGCGAUCCCUGGUUAGCUGGUGCUACAUGCAACCUACAGCGCAUCCUCUUAGUUUGCACCCAGUCUAUAUUCCUUUAGUUUUCAGCCUGCUUUAGGACAGGAAAUGGUUAUGAGGAGAAUCGUGUAAGGGAAAGAUUUUGUUUAAAACGCCAUAAGCCAUUCCUCUUCAGGGUCAUAGUGCAGCAAAUUCUAUAUAUAUAUAUUUUUAACUACUAGUAUUUUACAAUUCGCACUCUUCUGUUGGUCACCAUUCCUUAUUUAGCAUCACAUGGCAUUUUAAGGGACAAUUAAAGUCAACUUGUGUUGUGGAAAUCUUAAUAAAUCUACACAAUAGUGUUAUGUAAUCUGUAGGACUGCUUAAAGCUUUUUACAUUAAUGUGUAAAUACUCUAGAUAAGGCUAAUGACAUGGAUCAGGACUACAGUGCUCUACAAAAGAUGAGUGUUUCUGGAGUUUUAUAGGACCCUGUUAAUGCAGGUCAGAUUUAGCCAAGACUAGGAUCAGGUAUGGAUUGAGGCUAGAUUUUUAAAAUAAUGCUUGGUUAUAUUACUGCCACUAGAAAAAGCAGGCACUUAAACUGAUCAUGAAGUAGUGAGCGGUUUUAGACUCAUCCCUUGUUCAUUACAUUUGGGCAAACAUUUUUAUAUAUAUAUAUAUAUAUAUAUAUAUAAUUCUGCAGCAGUUUUAUGUAGGUUGGAUUUAGGCUUUGCACUGCUACCAAACUGAUCAUAUAAACAAAAGCACUUUAGCUGUACAUGUGCAAUCAGACGUGCAUUCUGGGUACAUCUCACCAGAGACGUCCCAAACGUCUCUAAGCCAUCUUUAUGGAUUGAGUGAAAUCGAGACAGUUGCCAAAGAAAACGGUCCCCACUUAAAGCUCACACUUAAAUUAAGAGUUGCACCACUCAGGCAUUCAGGACAAACAAUAAACAGUAGAUAAACCUAAAUACAUUCCCCAGAGUUGGGAGCGUUUGGAGUUUCCACGGUCAGGCCUGUGGAAGCCAAGCGUAAGAUGUGCUGGGGCUCCACCGUUGGGACUCUGGGUUCUGCAUGUGUACAUACAGUUAAUCUUACAUUUAUAGAGUUCACUUUGAGCCAUGACAAUAAGCUGUUAUAUAUAUAUAUAAUAAGUCUCUAUUCUGUUGCUUUUGGAGAUUUCAUUUUUGUCCAUUAGCUUUGACUGAUUUGAUUGUGUUUCUUUGUAGAUUAGUAUUUUGUUUACAGUAAAAAAUAAAAAUAAAAAUUAAGGACAGUCCACAUCUGUGUACCUGUACCCCUUUUUCUUUUGUCCCCUCUCGUCCUAAUAAAAUGUAAAAUAUAA